CAAAUGAUAAUAAUAUCCAGUAUCGCGUCAUGUCAAAUAACCUUGGAUUAAAGUGAUGGACAAACAUCAUCAUCCUAUCAGAGAUGUCCCACAGUUUUGUUAUUGUUUUAUUUUUCUACAAUUUCAUGUUGUUUUCAGGAAAUUGGUGCUGUUUUACCUGAAGUUUUUUAAAAAUUUUAUUUUAUAUUUUUGUGUCUGGAAUUUCGUUUUACUUUCUUAAAUAUUAGAGUGAUUUUUAUUUUUAUUUUUUAUUAUCAUUAUGAUCUGUCUUUUAUGCGAUUUAUACUUCAGGGCCACCGUAGUGUGGGGAUGCAGUUGCCAUGACAACCUCUCAUUUGCUACAGUUCAGCGUGACAUUAUUUAAGUUUAGCCCAUAUUAAGUCUAUGGUUUAGCCUUUAUAGGGACAACUACUUUGUUCAUAAAUCAGGCAGAUUUUCCGACACCCUUAUCGUAAAAUAAAUCCACCUCAAGACUGAAACAUAAUAUUUUAUUUCUUAUUAAUAUUUCUAAGGAAUGCCUGUGGGGUCAAAUGGACGCAUUGAGGUCUUGAGAUGUCUUUUUGGGUCUACUGCAACUCCUGCUUCCUGUCCGCCGGCGCUGACCGUCAGCUGGCGGUCACCACCUGCGGUCACGUCAUCUGCAGUGUCUGCUACCAGAAAGGCAAACAAGGUAACUGUUCAAUAUGCAGCAGCCAGUGCCAAAUUUCCCCCCUUUCUGACAAACUCAGAAGUGAAGGCUUUGUUCUCGGACAUCAACGCCGUGACGACUAAACACUUGACGGAGAUCAGCAAAGUGAUAUCGUUCCAGUCAAGACAUCAAAGGAAGCUGCUGACUCACUACAAGAAAAGAAAUGAAAAACUGGAAGAAACGUUAGUGAAAAUGAAGCAAGAAAUGCAGCACAUGACAAAAAAGCUGAAUGAACAAAGUGCCUACAUUGCUAAGAUGGAAAACUCCUUUCAGCAUCAAAGCACCAUGGCGCCGCCGCCUGUGUCACAGAAGAGCCGCGCCCCCUACCCUGCACAAGGGCACAAACCGGCCCUGCAGAUUCCAUACAACUCGCCAGCACCCCUCCUGCGACAAUUCUCAGCAACUAGCAGCAAUGAAAACACAGAAGUGGAUGAAAUGAGUCUGUUCAGGAAACCCAACUCUGUUUCCAGAAUGUCAGUUAACAAGCCGCCCCAGGAUGGACGGAUGGGCGCCAUCUCCAGCAGACUGUCCAGCCAAAACAUGCUGGGCUCCCACAGCAGCCAAUCACCCUCAGUCAGUCGCUUUCAGGGAGCCCCUUUAACCCCAGAGCUGACAUUCAACCUCAGCUCUAAAUGGGAGUCUCCCAUCUUCAAGUCCUCGUCCUCCUUCAGAGGCUCCAUGUCGUCUCUCGUCUCUCCGUCUCCCUGAACAACACUCAGUAACUGUCGAGAGGUUUACAGAUGUUUGAGUUUUAUAAAAAAGUUACUACUUA